GCGGGCGGGCGUGCCCAUACAAGAGUUCCGCUCUGGAGAAUCGCCUAUAAAUAAGGAUUUUCAUCUGACAUAUUGAGACCGAUCUCGAAAGAAACUCAAACGAAAUCUCAUCCGACUCUCUCUCCUCUCCUAGCGUUUCAAGAUCUUCUUUCUUUGGCCCUUUGUCGAGCCACUGAAGAGAUCUUCAUUUUUCUUUUCAGGAAAGAGAGUAUCAGAGAGAGUCGGGAAAUGGCGAUUUCUAGGGUUUCUUUCGCGCUUCCGAUUGUCGUCGCUCUUGUUUUUGGCAUCGUUUUGCCUGCGGUUCAAGCUCAAGGCCUUGCUCCUUCUCCGGCUCCUGCCAGCGACGGUACCUCAAUCGACCAAGGGAUUGCUUAUUUGCUGAUGCUUUUAGCUUUGGUUCUCACGUACCUCAUACACUGCGUGGAUGAUGCCUCUUCUUUCAGUCUCUUCUGAUGAUUGAUGAUUGAUAUGGUGCCCUAGUAGAGAAGAAGAGGAGAGGCGUUACUUGUAUAACCAUUAUUCACUGAUUUUUCAUUUUAUCAAUUUGGUUAUUGUCGAGGAUAUGUCUGUUUGUUUGAUGAAAUUUGAUUUGGGGCAUUCUCUUUACUUCCA